AUGCUUUUACAGGUAACAUUGUCAUUUAAGGAUGUGGUUGUGGACUUCACAUCAGAGGAGUGGCAGCUACUGGAUGCUGUUCAGAAGAACCUAUACUGGGAUGUAAUGUUGGAAAAUUAUAGCAACCUCGUGUCUGUGGCGUCUUCACUCUUUAUCACCAACACUGCUCACGUUGCCUUCCUCCUACUCAACGUCUCACCAAUGAACAGAAAUUAUAUAAGUAAAAAACCUGAAAAGUUAUUUUUCCACACUAUGCACAAAAACACUCAUUCUGGAAUUGCUAUGAAUAUGAUUGUGGAGAAGCUAAGUAACAAAGGAGAGAAACUCUAUGGAUGCAGUGAAUGCAGAAAAUUUUUCUCACAGAAAUCACAGUUCAUGGUACACCAGAGAAUUCACACAGGAGAGAAAAUACAUGAAUGCGAUGAGUGUCUGAAAGCUUUUAUUCGGAAGACAGAGCUUUUACAUCAAAGAACUCACAUAGGAGAGAAGCCUUAUGAGUGCAGAGAAUGUCCAAAGGUUUUUAGUAGUAAGUCUCAGCUCACUCUACACCAGAGGUGUCACACAGGAGAGAAACCCUAUGAAUGCGUGAGUGAGUGUGGGAAAGCCUCCCCCCACAAAUCUACCCUGUUUUUGCAUCAGAGAACUCACACCAGAGAGAAACCCUAUGAAUGUAAUGAAUGUUGGAAAACCUUCAUUAGUAAGCCACAUCUCACUAAGUGUGAGAGAACUCAUACAGGUGAGAGACCCUAUGGAUGUAAGGAAUGUGGAAGAACUUUCUCUCAACUCCUUGAAGACCAAAGAACUCAUACUGGAGAAAAACCCUUUUCAUGUAAAGAAUGUCCGAAGGCUUUCAUCCAGAAGUCAGAGCUCACUUUACAUCAGAGAAUUCAUACUGGGGAGAAACCUUAUAAAUGCAGUCGAUGUCAGAAAGCUUUCGUGCGGCAAACCCACACAGGAGAAAAACCAUAUGAACGCAGUGAUUGUCAGAAAGCCUUUAGCCAUAAGUCCCCACUCAUUAUGCACCAUACAGGAGAAAAGCCCUAUGUAUGUAGUGAAUGUGGGAAAGCUUUCACCUGGAAACCUGGCCUAAUCGAAGAACACAUACAGGAGAGAGACCCUACAAUGCAGUGA